GUCACAUACCUUCAUUAAUGGAUAUCGACAAAAGUAUGUAUAAUCUGCUGGCCAGAUUUCAAGGCGGGGGGAGCUAGCCCGUAAGGUGACAAUGGGCGUGGAUUUGGCAGUGUAUCGUUCACGGGUCGGUCAGUUUGUGCCUCGACCAGUGAAGGGUAUUGUGUCAAACAUUGACUACCUGUGUAAAGCUAUCGCCAGUGUUCGGGGUGGCCUGAUACGACAAGAUGGAUUAAACAGCAAGGGGGCUGUUACAUUCAUUGGUCUCCUCCUGCGUGCACAGGGCAUAGAGCCGAACCCAGGUCCAGGACCAGGAAAGGGAGAUGAACAUUCAUUUGCAGACGCACAGACGGAAGACAAUGACGAUAUCAACAUUACACUCGACAGUAACACUGACCCAAACAUGGCUGGCAGGAUUAGCCAGUUUAUGGAAUCUGUUCUACCUGUCAGCAAUCCCACCAAUACAGGAAGUAGUCAAACAGACGAGUACGCAGUCGCAGUAGCAAUACCUGAUCCUUUUUCCAGAGCAAUUGCCAAAACAACCAUUGUACCUCAAGUGGUGGUCAAUGUCAAUUACCAGGACAACAGAAAAUAUAAUGAAGAGAUCCGCGUUGAGAAUAUGAAAGUGAAAAACGCUGAAAAUGUAUGCACAGGAGAACAGACUAUAAUUCAUACUGUAGCGCCAACUGGCAAUGAGGACGAUGGCGUUACCAAACCAAAGAAGAAAAGGGAAGAGGAAAAAGGAGUUCCGAAAAGUCCUGAAAGAAAUGCGUCUGAAGGCCAGACCGCUGAUAAUGAAGACGAGGACAUUCCAAAACAGAGGAAGAAAAGUGACAAAAGAAUUCUGCUUGAAGAAAAUACUGAAGUAAUGUUAAAACGACACAUCGAGGAAACAGCCAAUUUACUGGUGGCUAGGAAGGGAGCUGUAGCAGCAGUAGUCAAGCGUCUGAAGGACUACAACAUGGUGGUCAUAGCUGGCGUCACGGGAGAGGGAAAGACAACUCUGGGUAGGGAAAUAUGUAAACAGUUGAGAGACGGUACACUUGACAAAGAUAUCAAACCCAAAACACCCGUCCUCAUGACUAUUUCCCAAGACUGGAAUGAUGUCGUGACUGACAAAGAUGAUAUCGUUGUGUUUGUAGAUGACAUAUUCGGGAAGACAAAUUAUCAAACUGGGCUUCUGAAUGGUUGGAAACCAUUCUUUGAUAGAAUACUAGAUUGUUUACUGGAGAAAAAUGUUUGUUUGGUUAUAACAUCUCGCACGCAUAUACUUAAAGAUGCCAGACGGGAAUCGGGGGUAUUACCUGAAAUGACCAGUGACCACAUUCUUUCCGAAAAGAAAACCGUAGAUUUGACAGAUGACCAGAAAUUGACUUCGGGUGAACGUUUAGACAUUUACAAGAAUCAUUCUCGUCAGAGACAAGUUGACAAGGAUGUCCUGUCUAGCGUGUUUCUUCCGGUUUUCGCUGUUCAUGGUUUUCCAUCAAAUAUUUCUUUAGGUUUUGCUCAGAUUUGCAAGCUUUUCUUCACCAAUGAUAUAUUUUUUGAGAAAGGUGAACAGUUUUUUAUGAAACCUGAUAGAAUUCUUACAGAAGAAAUAGUGAGAAUGAAGUCCACAGAGCCACACAAAUACUUUGCUUUGGUAUAUUGUUUCUUAAACGAUGCAGCUGUCGAUGUUAAAAAGCUGAAUAGAUUGAAAAUGUCAACACAAGAUUAUGACACUUUGAAACUCUAUGCAGAAGUUUGUGGCGUCCCUCAGACCGACAACGUAUUGACUCUGCUUAAAAACGGACUAGACGCUCUGGAUCGUACAUAUCUUACGAAACAAAACACGGCGUUUGCAUUUGGGCAUCAAUCAACUGCAGACAGUGUUAGUAUUGUAUUUGGAAAAGAAAAUCCAGAAUUGAUUCUUGAAAAAUGUAGCAACCGCGUGAUAUUGGAACUGCUGGAUGUUUCUGAAACUGAUCAAACAGACAUGUGUACCUUGCAUGUUCCUACUGAUUGCUUUGGACACCUUGUAAAGCGAAUUUACAAGAUGAUUAUUGAAGGGAACAUUUUCGAUGGAAUAACGCUAGAAUCAUUCCCCCGGUUUCGAAAUCAAGAGCUUGCAGAUCAUCUCUUCGAGUAUAUCAACAAAAGUGGAGACAUGCAAGCUUUCCAUAGAGCUCAUUUAGGUGAUGACUUUUCUUCCGCGAAAAGUCUAUUAGAAUCUUGUGCGAACAAUGUUUUCUUCUUAAAGUCUCUUUUCAAAUUCAAUGUUGACGAGUUCAUUGUCAGGGAAAGCGGUAUUUUGUUCUUUACGAGAACAUUACAGAGAACAUUACGGCGUUCACUGGAACAUAAAAACAGGGCUUCCACGUCAUUUCUGCUUGAAAAUGGGGCAUUCUUAACUGAGAAAUAUCUUCAUAUGGCAAUUGGUUCACAAGAUGUGGCUCUAGCCGAGUUAGUAUUGCCAAGGAAUAUCUGGACAAAAUCAGAAGUCAGUGAGCACAUUGACGACAAAACACCAGAUCAUAUUCGUGAAAUGCUACAAAAAUGUACGAACAUGUGCAAGGUAAACAUGAUACGAAAUCGGUAUCUUCAACAGAAAACUUACGUAAACACGAAAGAUAUCAACCUCUCAAGUAUGAGUACCAAAGAGAUGAAGACUGCCGCUGAAGAAAUGGAUUUUGACACGCUACAUACGAUUUUUCAGUCCCCGGAGUUAAAAGAUCAUCAUUAUCGUCUGAUCAAAGCAAUACUUGACACAAAACACAAGAGGUUAAGUGACGCUAUUGCCAUAAAAAAAAUGGCUGGAAAAAUCGACGGGGCAGUUGUCCAAUAUGCGUUACAUCAUUGUGACUUGGACAUGUUUCGGUUCUUGCUUUUCUCAUCAAAUGUUAAUGAAGCACAGUUGACAUCAAUGCUCUCUGAAGCCAUCCAUCUGAACAAAACGGACCAAAUAGAAAUUCUUAUCAAAGUUGGUGGACAACCAUCCCUGGACGACUUCAUUAGGAAGGCAGGGAUAGUGUGUAUGGGUGUCGAGCGUGUUGUUGAAACCAUCAUUAACACAACAUCUUGGACACGUGCACAACUUGGUCGUGUUCUUGACGCAGCCGUGCGCACUGGUACACAUGCUACUAUAAAAGUCCUUUUCAAAGAUGGAACAGGGUUUGCGGAAGAUGCGUUGGUUAAUGUAUCUAAAAGGGAGUAUGAUCGACAUCAUAAGUGUACAGACACUCUUACUCCCGAUCAAGUGCUUCUGCAGACUAUUAUGAACUAUAUUCCAUAUAUGGAAGAAGAACGUGUUCCUAAACCAGUUGCAUAUGUUUUUUCGAAAAACGAAUGGUCCGAAAGUCAAAUUACUGAAGCAAUGAAUGCUGCAUUAGAUUCGGGGUCAUUCGACACCGUCCAGUUUCUGAAACAGAAAGGGGGACAUUUUCACAGUGAGGCUUUAUUAGCAGCUGUUAGAAGGCCCUGUGAGAGACUGAAAAUCGUAACGUUUGUAAAAGAGUCUAGAGAAUGGUCAGUUGACCAGCUGAGCGAUGCACUUCACGAGGCUAUAGUCAUUUGUAGGCCGGACGUUAUUAUAUACUUGAACGAACAAGGAGCAUUGUUCAAUGAUUCGAGUCUUCUAAAUGUUCUUCGUUGGAAGGUUGCACAUCAUGUUCAGAUCAAACUCAUGAAUCAUAUUAUAAAAGCUCGUUCUUGGUCACGGAUGCUGCUCAACGAAGCCACUCAUUUUGCAUGUGAAACAAAUGGCCUUUCAAUACUAGCAAUCCUUAAUGCUGUGGAGAGCAUAUCAGAAGCUCCGACCAGAGAUGUUCUUCUAAAAUUGCAAGAGAUCGAGCAGUUUAAGAAGAUGGUUGUUGAGGUGUUUAAAGACAAUGGAAUGGGUGAUGAUCUAUCUUUAGUCUUAAAUAAAGAAAUUCGAGAAGGUUGCACAGACAUUGUUGAGCAUCUUAUUGGCGAGCUGGGGAUUUCCUGUGACAACGAUGGCUUAUCGAAUUCCAUGGACAACAACCGAAACUAUCAAAGCUACGAUAGACUAAAAAUGGUCCGUCUGGUGCGGGAAUCGCAAGACUGGUCCGAUGAGUUGCUGACGAGGGCGUUAGACAAAGCUGUUAGACUGGGGUACAGCGAGGUGAUAUUGUACCUACAUACCCACGGGGCCAAUUUCGGUGACAACAGUUUGGAGUACGGAACGAUGAAUAAAAAUAUAGGAUACGAUCCAUAUGAUCUUGUAACUUAUAUAAUGGAAUCACGUCACUACAACAAAGAACAAAUAAACAAUGCACUGACAAAAUCUUUAGAGGUUGGUCAUUAUCAACUCAUGACAAUGUUUCAUGAAAAGGGAGCAGAGUUCGCCGAUAAAAGCCUACAAAACGCAAUCCAUAAAAAAUGGAUACCCUCAGAUCGACUUCCAGCAGUCCAAUUCAUACUUAAUGCAAGACGAUGGGACACUGAUGAAAAGAACGAUGCGUUAUUCAGUGCUGUAAAGCUAGGGGAUAUACGCGUAAUUGCACGUCUUCUCAAAUGUGGAGGGGAGGUGUCGAAACAAUGCUUGACCGAAAUUCUUGAAAAGAAAUGCAAACCGUCACAUCGCCUCUGUAUCGUAAGGCUCCUGCUCUCUAGUUCCGGUUCGCUGUCGCCGGAGCUUCUUGAAGAGGCGGGGGAAAGGGUUAGACAACUGUCAGAGCCCAAACUCGAGGCUUACAUCAAGCAAUGUAACAAGUAGGGAAACUACGUUACCCUGCCAACUUUUGAAUUUUGGAAAAUGUUUCAGAUCAAGAAAAACAACAGUUUAUCAAAAAGCAUGUAUGAGUAUGACGAUGAUAUGAUAACAUGUAAUAUAAGAAAGACAAUCAACGAAUUUGAUAAUAUUACUGCAGAGUCCUGUCAAUCCAGAUGUCAAUUAUCCGCUCGCUCUACUUUGAAGGUAGAGUUUUUGGGUAAGGAUUGACAUUUUAUUUUUACGAUUGUUCCAGUUAUUCAGUCAUUUGUGCCGGGAACAUCAGCAGCUAGAUCACACAUGUUCCGAUGUAUAAAUAGGGCAUCAGCGAUAUGUAUAAUUCGGAUUGCCAGACAAUAAUUGUACUAAGUUAUGAAGGUGACACUACAAAAUGCCUCAUUAGUAUGUCAUAACGCUAGUGUUAAAUGGAUGACUAGACAGUUUUACUAGGAAUGUAUGACGGAAGUAAAGAAUCAAGAUAACAGAUCAACAUGACUGAUUAGGAUGUUUUGACAAUUAGUAUUGUAUUAUAAUUUUAAAUCUGAAAUGUCAGAAUUUCGGACAGCAGGAAAAAACCAAUAUGUGUAAACACGUGACAACUAAAAUGACGGUACAGUAUAACGGUAUGUUAUUAUAAGGUAGCCGGAAAAUGUGUUAAUUCGUUUGUGCCCAGAUGAGAGUGAAUGUGACGUAGUUGGUAGUAUACUUAUGUAUAUGUUGAGGUUAUAAUGUGCUAUUAUUUUAACCCUACUACUUUUAUUUUGGUGUACAUAACAUUGGUGCAGGCAGGUUUUUUUUAUUGAAUAAGGGUACAAUAUAAUAAAAUGAACGCUUACUGAGUAAUGUUAUAUACAAUCACAAGGCAAACGUGUGUAUCAUUUUUAUGCUAAGCUAGGGAGUCUCUUUUCCUUCAUUCUUUCUUACUUUUUCAUAUCUUCUCUCAAACUCCAAAUCAUUCAUUCUUUCAUUCCCAUUCAUUACAAUAAUAAUAAUAUUUGAUUAGAUCGAAAUGGUAUAUUGAAUUACCCAAACCAUUCUUUCUGUUCAUAUUGAAAUAUUGACAGUAUAUUUAUAUUUUUAAAUCCAUUUAUAUGCCAAAAUCCUGCUUUAUUGAUUUGAGAUCGCCAUAAUUUGCUCAAAUUAAAACAAGAUAAACCGAAUUUAUGCUACUGAAAAAACCACAAUUAUGUGUAAUUUGGAAUAACUCAACAAGAAUGUGUGGGGGAAUAAAUAAUGUACAAAUACGAAUGUAUCUACCGAUUUAAACCUUUAUACAUACACAAAAAUAUAAACAGUGUAAAAUCGUGUGAAAAUUAACUACAUGCAAUGUAUUUAUAAAUAAAGUAAACACACAUUCGAGAUGAUGAAAAUAUUACACGAGUCAUGCAAACCAAACAUAAUUGUACACACAUACACUCACAUACAGGUACAAACUACUACAUAUUAUAUAAGUACAUCCAACACACAUACACACA